CCCCGCUAAGUUCGAUGCGAUCGGCUCUGGGCCCUGCCGUGAGUUCUCGGUGCGGGCGACAGCGCUGCUGAACAUGGCGUCAGACGGGAUGAUUUUAACGAACCACGACCACCAAAUCCGGGUCGGAGUCCUGACAGUGAGUGACAGCUGUUAUCGGAACCUUGCAGAAGAUCGCAGUGGCGUCAACCUCAAAGAUCUCGUCCACGAUCCCUCCCUGUCACCUCAGGAUUUGAGGUUGGGAGGUAUGAUCGCAGCCUACAAGAUAGUUCCAGAUGAGAUAGAUGAAAUCAAGGAGACGCUGGUGGACUGGUGUGAUGAAAAGGAGCUGAACCUCAUCCUCACCACCGGAGGCACUGGCUUCGCACCCAGAGACGUCACACCAGAGGCCACUAAGGAGGUGAUAGAGCGCGAGGCUCCAGGGAUGUCUCUGGCGAUGCUGAUGGGAUCCCUCAACGUCACACCGCUAGGCAUGCUUUCCAGACCUGUGUGUGGUAUCCGAGGGAAGACACUCAUCAUUAACUUACCAGGAAGCAAGAAAGGCUCCCAGGAAUGCUUCCAGUUCAUCCUUCCAGCGCUGCCGCACGCCAUCGACCUCCUCCGGGACGCUGUGGUGAAGGUAAAGGAGGCAGCGGACGAGCUGGAGGACUUGCCUUCGCCGCCGCCGCCUCUGUCGCCACCCCCCAACAGCUCGCCGCGCCGACAGACGGAGGACAAGGGCGUGCAGUGCGAGGAGGAGGACGAGGAGAAGAAGGACAGCGGCGUGGCGUCCACCGAGGACAGCUCCUCCUCGCACAUCACUGCUGCAUCCAUCGCCGCCAAGAUCCCAGACUCCAUCAUCUCGCGGGGUGUGCAGGUGUUACCCAGGGACGCAACCUCUCUCAGCACCACGCCCUCCGAGUCGCCCCGCGCCCAGGCCACGUCCCGCCUCUCUACCGCUUCCUGUCCGACACCCAAAGCGCGGCUCCCCUCCUGUUCAUCCACCCUAAGCAUUGCUGAGGCCUCACGAAGAGAAUUCAGGGCUCACCUGGAUGAGGUCAUCACGCUCAAGUCAAGGUACUCUACCUUGGACCAGCUCCAGUGUAGGUUGGAGGGGCUUAAAGAUGAUCGCAGGAGGACCUUCAGCUCUCGAGUGCAGUCACGAUGCAGCAGCAAAGAAAAUAUCCUAAGAUCAAGUCACAGUGCAGUGGACAUCACCAAGGUAGCCCGGAGGCACCGCAUGUCCCCCUUCCCCCUCACUUCCAUGGACAAAGCCUUCAUCACUGUGCUGGAGAUGACCGCCGUCCUGGGCACUGAGAUCAUCAACUACAGAGAUGGGAUGGGUCGAGUCCUGGCUCAGGACGUUUAUGCCAAAGACAACCUGCCUCCCUUCCCUGCUUCUGUCAAGGAUGGUUAUGCUGUGAGAGCGGCCGAUGGCCCAGGCGACCGCUUCAUCAUUGGAGAGUCUCAGGCUGGAGAGCAGCCCACCCACACAGUGAUGCCGGGCCAGGUGAUGAGGGUGACGACGGGCGCCCCUAUACCCUGCGGUGCAGAUGCUGUAGUUCAGGUGGAAGAUACUGAGCUCCUCCGCGAAUCUGAAGACGGCACGGAGGAGCUGGAGGUACGAAUCCUAGUACAAGCUCGACCAGGGCAGGACAUCAGGCCCAUCGGUCAUGACAUUAAGCGUGGGGAGUGUGUGCUGGCGAAGGGAACCCACAUGGGCCCCUCUGAAAUCGGCCUCCUGGCCACUGUCGGAGUCACAGAGGUGGAGGUCCAAAAAUUCCCUGUGGUGGCCGUCAUGUCCACAGGAAACGAGCUGCUGAACCCAGAAGAUGAUCUCCAUCCUGGGAAAAUCAGGGACAGCAAUCGCUCCACCCUGCUGGCCACCAUCCAGGAACACGGCUACCCCACUAUCAAUCUGGGCAUCGUGGGAGACAACCCCGAUGACCUUCUCAACGCUCUGAAUGAAGGCAUCAGUCGUGCGGAUGUCAUCAUCACCUCAGGAGGAGUGUCCAUGGGAGAGAAGGACUACCUUAAGCAGGUGCUGGAUAUUGAUCUUCAUGCUCAGAUCCAUUUUGGACGUGUAUUCAUGAAACCAGGUCUCCCAACAACAUUUGCCACCUUGGACAUAGACGGUGCUCGCAAACUAAUCUUUGCCCUCCCAGGUAGAAACCCCGUGUCCGCCGUUGUCACCUGUAAUCUUUUUGUCAUCCCUGCCUUGAGGAAGAUGCAGGGCAUUUUGGACCCUAGACCCACUAUCAUCAAAGCGAGGUUGUCUUGCGAUGUGAAGCUGGACCCUCGCCCUGAAUACCACCGCUGCAUUUUGACAUGGCAUCACCAGGAGCCUCUGCCGUGGGCACAGAGCACAGGGAACCAGGUGAGCAGCAGACUGAUGAGCAUGCGCAGUGCCAACGGGCUCCUGAUGCUACCUCCCAAAACAGAGCAAUACGUGGAGCUGCACAAGGGCGAGGUGGUCGACGUCAUGGUCAUCGGCCGGCUAUGAUGUCGUCACAGAGCGGCGGACAGACGGCGUCAUAUAGCGUGGGUCGGAAUGGGUGGUUCACGGUGCAUGUCCACAUAUCAUUGACUAUUCUGUAAUAUGCAACGGCACAGCUAGUUUUUAUUGAUUUGGAUAAUGUUGAGGUAUAGUCAACAUCUUGAUCACAACCUAGAUACAUAUGAAAAAAAUUAAUUUAAAAAGAUUAUAGUAUUUCAAACAAAGAAAAUAUAACUUUUAAUGAAAAAAAAUCUAAUUAUAAAAAGAGAUUUAUUCUGUAAUAUAUUAUUAUGAUUAUUCUUAUUAUUAUUAUCAUUAUUCUUCUUAUUAUCAUUAUUAUAUUAAGGCAACUUCAUUCCUUUCAUUGCAAUUGCUUUGUGUGUUCAAUGCUAGACCUUAUCUAUAGCAGUAGCAUUUUAAUAGACAGCUGUAGGUGCCUGCCAGGACAAAAAAAAAAAAAAAGAAAAUUAUUUUCUCAUCUUUAGUGGAUAAAAAAAAAAUCAGUUUUUU